AUGGCCUGGGCUGGGGUGUGGUUGUGUAUGUGUGUCGGUGUGAGUGUAUCUGUCCAUCUGACCCUUGGGGUGCCCCCCCAGCACCGCGGCUGGCUGCGUCUAUGGGAGGAGGGCGAGGGCUGUGGGGAGUGUGAGAGGGAGCGCUGCCCUCUGGCGCCCUCUAACUGUCCAGCAGGGCAAGUGCAGGACAGCUGCGGCUGCUGUGAGCAGUGUGGCAACGUGGAGGGGCAGCAAUGUGACCCGGAUGGGGCGCAGGAGUUCUAUGGGCGCUGUGGAGAGGGGCUGGUCUGCCAGAGGAGAACCAGGAGAGGACGGAGGGGCCGCGGGAGGGGUGAACCAGAACCUAAGUGUGUUUGUGAGGCACAGGGCUCUGUGUGUGGCUCUGAUGGACGCACCUAUCCCAACCUGUGUCAGCUGAGAGAGGCAGCCAGUCGGAAAGGAACCACUCUGAGACUCACUGGACAGGGACCAUGCUACUCUGCUCCUCGUAUCUCCAGAGCCCCCAGAGACCUGUCCAACUACACUGGAAACGACAUUGUGUUUGGCUGUGAGGUCUCUGCCUUCCCUCUGCCCAACCUCAGCUGGAGGAAGAAGGGCAGUGACAACUUCCUGCCAGGGGACGAUCCACACAUCUCUGUCCAGGCUCGAGGUGGCCCCCAGAGGUACACAGUCUCUACCUGGCUGCAGAUACAGAAUCUUCACCUCUCAGACGCAGGGAUCUACUCCUGCAUCUCCCACAAUGCACUGGGGGAGACGUCUGCGUCCGCCCGUCUCACGGUGCUCAGGCAGGAGCUGAGGGUUCUGAAAGGCCGUCUGAAUGAAGAGGAGGAUGAAGAGGAGUAUUACUAUGACGACACUGAGGAAGGCAGCGAUGAUGGGCAGACAGAAUCUGGAGACUACCUGGGAUGA